AUCUCCCUCCCUCUCCCCCCCCCUACUCUCUCUCUCUCCGAGGGGGGGGAUCCCAGGGAGGGAGGGGGGUCCCCCCCAAUCAGCAUGUGGCUCUUGGUGCUGUGUCUGGUGGGGCUGGUGGGGGCUCAAAGGGGCGGAGGGGGUCCAAUAGGCGGUAUCCCAGGGGGUCCUGGGGCUGGGGAGGAACGAUUCCCAGUGGUUGGCACCGCGUAUGGGCGUGUGCGGGGAGUUCGUAGAGAACUCAACAACGAGAUCCUGGGCCCAGUGAUGCAGUUCCUGGGGGUCCCCUACGCCACACCCCCUCUGGGGGCCCGACGCUUCCAGCCCCCUGAGGCACCAGCCUCUUGGCCUGGGGUGAGGAACGCUACCGCCCUCCCGCCUGCCUGCCCCCAGAACCUCCACGGCGCCCUCCCAGCCAUCAUGCUCCCGGUCUGGUUCACGGACAACCUGGAGGCUGCCGCUGGCUACGUGCAGAACCAGAGUGAGGACUGUCUGUACCUCAACCUCUACGUGCCCACUGAGGAUGGUCCGAUCACAAAAAAACGUGACGAGUCGACGCUCAAUCCGCCCCCGCCAGACACAGACAUCCGGGACUCGGGGAAGAAGCCGGUGAUGCUGUUCCUCCACGGGGGCUCCUACAUGGAGGGGACGGGGAACAUGUUUGACGGCUCGGUCCUGGCCGCUUAUGGCAACGUGAUUGUGGUCACGCUCAACUACCGGCUCGGUGUGCUCGGGUUCCUCAGCACAGGGGACCAGGCUGCCAAGGGUAACUAUGGGCUCCUCGACCAGAUCCAAGCACUGCGCUGGCUCAGUGAAAAUGUGGGGCACUUUGGAGGUGACCCAGAGCGAAUUACCAUCUUUGGCUCUGGAGCUGGAGCCUCAUGUGUUAACCUGCUUAUUCUCUCUCACCACUCUGAAGGACUGUUCCAGAAAGCCAUUGCCCAGAGUGGUACAGCCAUCUCCAGCUGGUCUGUUAACUACCAGCCACUCAAGUACACACAACUGUUGGCAGCAAAGGUGGGCUGUAACCAGGAAGAAAAUGCUGAGGUUGUGGAGUGUCUUCGAAGAAAACCCUCUCGGGAGCUUGUCGAUCAGGAUGUGCAACCAGCCCGCUACCACAUUGCGUUUGGUCCAGUGGUGGAUGGUGACGUGGUCCCAGAUGACCCAGAGAUCUUGAUGCAGCAGGGUGAAUUUCUCAACUAUGACAUGCUGAUUGGUGUCAACCAGGGUGAGGGCUUGAAGUUUGUGGAGGAUUCAGCAGAGAGUGAGGAUGGUGUAUCAGCUAGCGCCUUUGACUUCACAGUCUCCAACUUUGUGGACAAUCUCUAUGGCUACCCUGAGGGCAAAGAUGUCCUGAGAGAGACCAUCAAGUUCAUGUACACAGACUGGGCUGACCGGGACAAUGGUGAAAUGAGGCGGAAGACGCUCCUAGCUCUCUUUACUGACCACCAGUGGGUGGCCCCAGCCGUGGCUACUGCAAAGCUUCAUGCUGAUUACCAAUCACCUGUCUACUUCUAUACUUUCUACCAUCAUUGCCAGGCAGAGGGCAGGCCUGAGUGGGCUGAUGCAGCUCAUGGUGAUGAGCUGCCCUACGUGUUUGGGGUGCCCAUGGUGGGUGCCACGGAUCUCUUUCCCUGCAACUUCUCCAAGAAUGAUGUCAUGCUCAGCGCUGUUGUCAUGACCUACUGGACCAACUUCGCCAAGACUGGUGAUCCCAACCAGCCAGUUCCCCAGGAUACCAAGUUCAUCCACACCAAGCCCAACCGCUUUGAGGAGGUCGUGUGGAGCAAGUUCAACAGUAAGGAGAAGCAGUACCUGCAUAUAGGCCUCAAACCCCGAGUCCGGGACAACUACCGUGCCAACAAGGUGGCCUUCUGGCUGGAGCUGGUGCCCCACCUCCACAAUCUUCACACUGAACUCAUCACAUCCACUACCACCCGCCUGCCACCCUAUGCUACGCGCUGGCCCCCUCGUCCACCGCCUGGGGCCACAGGCACCCGCCGGCCCCCACCACCAGCCACCACUCCACCUGAGCCUGAACCAGACCCCGGGCCCCGGGCCUAUGACCGCUUCCCAGGGGAUUCACGGGACUACUCCACAGAGCUGAGUGUCACUGUGGCUGUUGGUGCCUCCCUUCUCUUCCUCAACAUCCUAGCCUUUGCUGCCCUGUACUACAAGCGGGACCGGCGACAGGAGCUACGAUGCCGGCGGCUCAGCCCACCUGGUGGCACAGGCUCCGGAGGGCUUGGUGGGGGCCCCCUGCUCCCCACAGCUGGCCGGGAGAUACCUGAGGAGGAAUUGGUGUCCUUGCAGCUAAAGCGGGGUGGUGGUGUAGGAGGGGACCCAGGAGAGACCCUUCGCCCAUCCUGCCCACCUGAUUAUACCCUUGCCCUUCGUCGGGCACCGGACGACAUGCCUCUCCUUGCCCCUGGAGCCCUGACCCUGCUGCCAAGUGGUCUGGGUCCACCCCCACCCCCUCCACCCCCCACCCUCCACCCUUUUGGGCCCUUCCCUCUGCCUCCCCCAACCACUGCCAGCCACAACAACACGCUACCCCAUCCCCAUUCUACCACCCGGGUAUAGGGAGCGGCAUUGGGGGGGGGGAGUGCACACCACUCAGCUCUCCCCAAACCAGACAGGAAGGGAGACUCAACAAUGAUCAUGGAGUCUAG